AACAUCACCAUCAGCAUCAUGAGUGAUUAUCAGGUGGGGACUUACCUGUGACACAAUCGGAUGACACUGACUGGAAUCCAUCAGUCGGACAACGGUGAGCAAUGGAAGGAACUCCCGACUCACGUGACCAGCACAUGACCAGAUGGCUUACUGAGGAAGCAGCUGAAGUACUGAGGAGGAAUGAAGAAGGGAGACAACCCACUUCUGUCUCAGCCAUACAGCAGAACUACAGUGGCCCAGUGUCUCAGGUGGACUUGACCAAUGCUUCCAAUGUAUCUGUCUCCGUUGGGCAGCAAGGAACUAAAGGAUGUCUGUCCCAAGAACGUUUCCGUCAAAAGAUGGAACUCCUAAAGAAGUAUUUUGUGGACAUCCAUGCCCUCCAGACAGCCAAACAACUCCUUGAGAAGCAUGGUCAUGUCAACAUCUGUGGAGCCCCGGGGGAUGGGAAGACCAGCAUUGCUCUGAUGAUCUGUGAGGCAUAUCAGCAACAGGGAUAUGAAACAGUCUUUGUGGAAAACAUUGAACACUUUGAUGUUGAUACAAUUUCUAAACGUCAAUCACACAUGUUGGUUGUUUUUGAUGAUAUAUUUGGCUGUGUUACUUUCAUUUCAAAUUUGGAAAAACUGCAUAAAUUGUUUAGUGCUUUGGUUGAUGAUCGUGCUAAAACAGCUGCAGAUAUAGAGGACUCAAAGAAGAAGAAGAAGAAGAAUAAGGGUGAACAAUCAAAACAGGAAGACAAAUCUAAUGAAGAAAUCCCUGUCUACAGACUGAAGCUUGUGUUCACAUCCAGGACAUACAACUGGAAGGGAGGAUGUUCCAGACUACAUCAGUACAAGGUGGAUCUGCUUACAACAGAAGCUGUUCUUGAUAUGGCUAAAGACUGUCUCACGAUGGAAGAAAAGAAACGUAUGUUAUGGUCCUACAAGUCCAAACACCCUGCAUGCGAUAUCUCUGAAAAAGAUAUUUGUAACAUCGCAGAUUCAAAACACAGCAUAUUUGGAUUUCCUCUUAUCAGCCGACUCUUUUUCACCAAUGAUGUCUUCCAGAUGCACAACUUGCAAUUCUUCAACCAUCCACUGACCUACCUGAGAGGCGACCUUGACACCAUUGUCUGGGAGGAAAGCAAUAGAUCGGCAGCAAUCAUCAUCCUCAUCCUGUCUGAUGGGAAACUGAAUCUUGUUUCUUUGCAGUCACGGAAAACUGGACAUGUAAUGUUUGACGCUGUGAAGGAAGUAGUUCCUUGUUGUACAAGGACAGGCGUUACCAAUGAGAUCCACAACUUCACUGGGAUCUACUGUACAGUGGAGGAUCACAUGGCAUCUUUCUCCCACCCCUCCAUAUACGAUGCUGCAGCCUGUGCUGUAGGACAUCUCAAUAUCGUGUUGCUGCUGGAACACUGCUCACUGAAAUUCUUGUAUGAAAGAGUGAGAUUGGAUAAGAGUUCUGAGUCAACAGGCAUGGACGAUGUCACAAACAUGAUCUCCAUCUCUCCCCAACUACACCCAACAGUAGUGAACAGAUUGGUGGAAGGUAUCCGACAAGGAUGCUUCAUUUGGACAGUAAAUCACCCAGUUAUCCGUGGUGAAGGGAUUGCUUCUCUGCUUUGGACAGAGAUCAAUGAUAACAUAGUUGAGACUGUCCUACAAAGGGAUGUGGACACUGGUGAAAGCUUUUUGCAUUUGGCUUCCCUCUCUGACAGUUACUUUCUAUUCUCCAAGUCUUUAGAAGUUGCUGUACGACUGGGUGACAGAUCACCUGAUCUGUAUGCAUGUGUGGUAGCCUGUGUUACCCACGACAAACUGGAACAUCUGGAACACCUCGUUACAGUGAUGGGUAAACAUGGAGGAUUUAAUGUUGAAUAUACCAUUGAUGGGACAACCCUCCUGCUCAUGGCUGCAAAGUCACCAAAAUCCAAGGUGUUCAACUUUCUCAUACAGAAAGGUGCUGAUGUUCCAGUGAGGGACUGGAAAGGAAACACCUGUUUGCAUUAUGCCUGUGAAUCAGGAAACAUGGCAUUGGCAAUGAAGGUGGUGGAAACAUGCCCUGCAUUGAUUAAUUUGAAGAAUUAUGAGAAUUUAACGCCUGCAAUGAUUUGUGCAAAAACAGGUCAGCUUAAUAUUCUGAAGUUUCUCAAAGAAAAAGGAGCCGAUUUAACAUGUACACUCGGGAAAGACUGUUUGCAUUUGUCAAGUCAAAAUGGCAAUCUGUCAACUGUGAAAUUUUUGAUUUCAUUGAAAAUAUAUGAUGUAAGCAAGAAGGAUAGCGAAUUGAAGAAAACACCAGUUAUGUUUGCCGCGGAAGGCGGACACUAUGAUCUUUAUCAUCUCCUUGUAUCUGAGGGCGCAGAUCUGACCCUUACUGAUGGAGACGACACUGACUGCCUGAUGUUGGCAUGCAAAGGAGGUAACAUAUCUAUUGUGAAACACAUCCUAUCAAUGAAAAUAUGGGACAUCAACAGACGGGGAGGAUACUCAAAACAAACACCAAUAAUGAUGGCAGUAGAAGGAGGACACUAUGAUGUUUAUCAUCUCCUUGUAUCUGAGGGUGCAGAUCUGACCCUUGCUGAUGAAGACAACACUGACUGUCUGAUGUUGGCAUGCACAGGAGGUAACAUAUCUAUUGUGAAACACAUCCUAUCAAUGAAAACAUGUGACAUCAACAGACGUGGAGGAUACUCAAACCUAACACCAAUAAUGAUGACGAGGAGGAUGCUCAAAACAAACACCAAUAAUGCUGGCAGUAGAAGGAGGACACUAUGA